AAGCUCUAGAAAUCUCAGAAAAAAAAAUGGACGGCGAUUUGGAAAUCUCCCUCGAUAAGCUUCCCAUCAAACGAUUGGAGGUCAUCGAAGAAAAUGGCGCCGAACGCUUCCCCUCGUGAGCGCUCUCUCUCUCCGUGGUUUAGUGACGUCGAUUACGAUGACAAGAGAGUAUCGUUGAUUCGGAGAAUAGACUUCGCCUGGGCCGUGGAAGAGGAAGACGAUGAGAAGAAGAAGAAACAGAAGAAGAGCUCCAAGGAGAGCUCUGGGCAACAAUGGCAGGGUAUGGUCGAGAAUUUGCGGUUGGCUCAUCAGGAGCUCUCUGUCGUCAUAGACCUUAUCAAUACUGUUGAAGCAAAUGAUGUAGCCACAGUAGCUGGUAUGACCAGACCUAAGCUUUUGCCAAAUGAGUCCCUCUCAGAUCUCGCUGUUUCUACAGCUACCAAGCUACAAGCCUAUCGGCAACUGGGAAAAUACUUUAAGCAAUCAGCACAAGCGCUGGAGCAUCAAAUCAACCGCGAAGCAAGGUUUUAUGGUGCUCUAAUCAGAUUGCAGCGGAACUGGAAGGUCAAGCGACAGCGUGUGGUAGCUUCAAGUCCCAGCAACGAGGGAUUUGUCAUCGAUCUUUCCGACAUUUCACUAUGUAAUUCAGCUUCUGCACUUCGCCAGUCUUCUCUCUCUACCAUUCGUGUUGACCAUGAUUCGGCCGGUAUGCUUUCCAUUAAUCUACCCCGAGAUUCAUGCCUCUCUCUUCAGUUUGGUUUUGUUGGAAUUUGCUCUACCGAAAACACAAAGGUGUCUAGCAAGCAGACAGACUCCACUUCGUCUGAGGAUAAUGUCUCGGGUGCAUCGGAUAAUCAGCCUGCAGGUGACGAUGAAUCUGUGAAAGGCUCUCAUUUCCUUCUGAGGGAGGUUCAUAAAUCAAUAUUUGCCGAGCAGUUGUUUGACAUGGUAAACCGUGAAGCUUUCAAUGAGGCUGUGGGAUUCAACAUCAGUGGAAUACGAGAAAAUUAUUUGCAGAUGAGCAUAGGUCAGGGAGCUUCCUUGUUCAUAUCACUUUGCCCAUCUGGGAAAAACGUCAUCCCCGAGAAGUCGGAGUCCACAGACUUAUCUAUCGACCCGUCUGAUGGAAUGGGACGAGCUGAAGAAAAAGAAGGAAACAAUCUCUUGAAGAAGUUAGGUUUCCCGAAUCGUGCCAGUUGUGAAAUAUAUUUGCAACAGAUCUUCCAUGGACAUGCUUUCGGAAAAGCUAAGGAUCAACCUAAAGCAAAAAGUACCAGAGCUCCCAAUCAAACUGGAAAGGACACCUCUGGACUUCUCGACCAUUUUUGCUUGUCCCUGGCGCAUAGAAUCUUCUCGAACAGAAUUCUCGUACAGCUCGAAAGCGUGGUUUGUAUGGUUCCAUAUCUUCAUUUAACGUCUCACCCGACAUGGAAUUCUCGGACAUCUUCAUGGACGGUCUUCAUGAAUGUUCCUCCAUCGAUCAUCCCCUUGAGAAGCUCAGAGACUGAGCUCAAUGGUAAAAGGAACAUCAAAUCACAGUUCCGUACAAAGGUGGUGGUAAUUGAUGAGAGCAUUACCAUCGAAGGGGAAUGCGCACCGAAUGUUGUGGGUUUGCCCAAAGGGAGUUCCUGCAAUCUGUUCUCCAUGAACAAGUAUGACUGCGACUUGGCAGAUCUUCCAUUGACAAUUCUCCAACAGGUAGCGAGCCAAAUUCUCUGUUGGCUGCUCGAGGAAGCACGGACUGUGGGCGUAAAUGCAAGCCUAGACUUCUUGUCGCUCUCGUUUGAGAUAGGAGAAGCGGAGAGAGUGAGCCUCGUAGCCCGAGUAGACCCUGAGGACCCUAAAGGAUGCAUCUCAUGGUGGUUGGUGACGGAGAAUGGUGCGGCCGAGGAGAAGAAUUUCCGCCCCGACGCGUCCAACGAGACACCCGAAACUCGAAAAUCCUUGGGUUAUCUGUCACUUGAUGUGUUAUACUCCGCUCUCAUGGAUUUGAUCAGCUUAUGCGGUGCCUGUGGUGGUCGGGACAUCUGAACAGGUAAAAGACAAGACAAGUCUUAAAGUCAGUCUUGUGUUUAGUUUCAGUUCAUGUUUAAGACACAUUUUUGCAUCUCCGAAAGGGUUGGUUCACUUAGUUUAGGUUCUGGUCUAUGAACUGUGAAUUAUGGACAUAAAUAGUAUUUAGUAUUUUAGAGGGCACUUGCUAUAUGGUGAAAUUGGUCGGAUCUUUAAUUA